AUGGCCACUGGAAAGGACACAUCGCUCCUGUCCUUGAUUCUCACUGUUGGGGUCACAGCGCUUGUAGCUACUGGACAAAAAGCAGAGCAACCAGAAGUGGUGACCAAAUAUGGGAGAGUCCGAGGAUACCAAUUCAAAGUAGAUGCAGCUGAGAGGAGUGUAAAUGUCUUUUUGAGACUUCCUUUUGCUAAGCCUCCAGUUGGACCACUGAGGUUUUCUGAACCCCAGCCACCUGAGCCGUGGAAAGGUGUCAGAGAUGCCACUUCCUACCCACCAAUGUGUCUACAGGAUAAAGUACAAGGACAGUUUUUAUCGGACAUUAUUACUAAUAGAAAAGAAAAAGUUCUUCUCCAAGUGUCUGAAGAUUGCUUAUACCUAAACGUGUAUACACCCGUUUCUACAGAAAAACAGGAGAAGCUGCCUGUGUUUGUAUGGAUCCAUGGAGGUGGACUCAUUUUAGGAGCAGCUUCAUCAUAUGAUGGUUCAGCAUUAGCGGCUUUUGACAAUGUGGUGGUUGUAACAAUUCAGUACAGAUUAGGUAUUGUUGGAUAUUUUAGCACUGGUGAUAAGCAUGCCCGAGGUAACUGGGGGUAUUUGGAUCAAGUAGCAGCUCUUCAGUGGAUUCAGGAAAAUAUCAUACAUUUUGGAGGAGAUCCAGGAUCCGUCACUAUUGCUGGAGAAUCUGCAGGAGGAGUCAGCGUUUCUGCUCUUGUCUUAUCUCCCCUGGCGAAGGGCUUGUUCCAUAAGGCUAUUUCAGAGAGUGGUACUGCAGUCAGGCUUUUGUUCACUGACCAGCCUGAGAAGGAAGCAAAAAGCAUUGCUACUGCUUCUGGCUGUGAAAAAUCCAGUUCAGCUGCAAUAGUUGAAUGCUUAAGAGAAAAAACAGAAGAAGAGAUAUUACAGAUAGCACUAAAAAUGGAUUUGUCAACACUGCACCUAUGCUAUACCUUGCCUGAAAAAUGCAAACAGUCUUCCGGGUUCAUCAGUGCAUCUGCAGAUGGUGUAUUUUUUCCAAAGAGUCCCAGGCAAUUACUAUCUGAAAAAAUGAUCAAUGCAGUCCCAUACAUAAUAGGAGUAAAUAACUGUGAAUUUGGAUGGACACUUCCUAAGUUAAUGAAAUUGCCUGCUUACACAGAUGGUCUGGAUGAAGAUGUUGCACGUCAAGUUUUACAAAGCCUCUUAGCAUUAUCACUUACGGGUGUUACUUCUGAAGUUGUUGAUCGAGUAUACAAUGAGUACAUAGGGAAUGCAGAAAACCGUGCUCAGGUGCGAGAUGGCCUUCUUGAUGCAAUAGGAGACGUUUUGUUUGUUCUUUCAGCCAUUGAAGUGGCUAGAUACCAUAGAGAUGCUGGCAACCCAGUCUACUUUUAUGAAUUUCAACAUCGACCAAGUUCAGCGACAGGUGUUGUACCAGAGUUUGUAAAAGCAGAUCAUGGAGAUGAGAUUGCCUUUGUCUUUGGAAAGCCAUUCUUAGCCGGGUAUGCUACAGAAGAAGAAAAUAAACUUAGCAGGACUGUUAUGAGAUACUGGACUAACUUUGCUAGAAAUGGAAAUCCCAAUGGAGAAGGCUUCGUCCAUUGGCCUCAGUAUGGUCUGGAGGAAAGAUACCUGGAAAUAGACCUAAUGCAAAAGGUAGCAAAGAAAUUGAAAGAACGCAAAAUGGAGUUUUGGAUACAGCUCACAAAACAAAUGAUGAAUCAAAGAAGAGAACACACAGAUUUGUAA